AUGAUUCGUUUAUCUUUGAUGUGUUUAACUUUCAUUAGCUUAACAAUUGCCAGAAAACAUGAAACUUUUGAUGCUCCAUUUAUAAUCGACAAAAAUGGUUCCAUGAUGUUAACGAUUAAUGGAUAUAAUUAUACUUUAAAUGGGAAAUUGAAUUUAACAGUAAUAGAUGAUAUAUGCCAAACCAAUAUCGACUUUUCGAGACCAAAUGAAAAAGAGAAAAAUGAAAGAAAAGGAAUUCGUUUAAUGCAAGUGGUAUGUGAAACGGAGAUUGAAGAUGAUGAAAGUACAGAAAGCGUAGAAGCAACGAAUACGACAAUGAAGAAAAAAAUCAUUAUGUUAUAUUCAAUUAUUCUAUUCUUUAUACUAUUUGAAUUAUCAAUAACUAAAGAGAUUGAUGUUUAUCAACUACCAUUUGUAAUUACUAAGAGUGGUGCAAUGAUAAUUACAGAUCAUGAAGAAAAAAUGUCGCUAUCUCAAGAUCUAUUACUUAUUCAUAAAGAUGUAUCAUGUACUACAAAAAUUGAUUUAAAAAGACCAACUGAAGCAGAAAUCAAAGCAAAAUCCGGUACACGUAAAGUGUUUCAGUAA